GGGAGGAGGGAGGAGGUCGAGUUGAUUUGAAUGUCUUCGGGUCUCUUGGCCUCCGCCGUCGCAUUGGCCAUUGGUGUAGCUAGGGCGGGCUGUGUUCUCUGGUCCUGCGUUGUGAUUGGUGCCUCGCCUGGCCUCCGCCCUCCGGCCCGGCGAUCCCCAUAGGCAGUGGUUCCAGGGGCGGGGCGCGCCGCCGGCUGAUCACCUCCCCAUUGGCGGGGAUCGGCUUGGCCCCGCCCCCACGGACGUGAUGCUGGUCACUUCAGUCGCGGGGCAAUGGCGGCGCCCGGGGGACAGGGCGAGGCCGGUAAUCCUUGCUGCCGGGGCUGCCGAGGGCGCAGUCGGGCCUCCAGCCCGGGCCCCGAGGACCCGCGGGUGCGGCUGCGUGGAGCGGGGGCAGCAAAUCCUGAAGGAACUGGAUGAGUAUUACGAGAAGUUCAAGCGGGAGACGGACGGCACCCAGAGGAGGAGAGUGCUGCACUGCAUUCAGAGGGCCCUGAUUCGGAGCCAGGAGCUGGGCGACGAGAAGAUCCAGAUCGUGAGUCAGAUGGUGGAGCUGGUGGAGAACCGGGCCAGGCAGGUGGACAGUCACGUGGAACUCUUUGAGGCACAUCAAGAGGUCAGUGACACCACUGGCCACAGCAAAGCUGGCCAGGAUAAGUCAAAAACUGAGACAGUCGCGCAGGCAGAAAAGCCUAACAGCAAGCGGUCCCGGCGACAGCGCAACAACGAGAAUCGGGAAAACGCAGCUAAUAAUCACGACCAUGAUGACAUCACCUCCGGAACGCCUAAGGAGAAGAAGGCGAAGGCCUCCAAGAAGAAGAAACGCUCCAAGGCCAAAGCCGAGAGGGAAGCAUCCCCUGCAGACCUUCCCAUUGACCCGAACGAGCCCACGUACUGUCUGUGCAAUCAGGUCUCCUAUGGAGAGAUGAUCGGCUGUGACAAUGACGAGUGCCCCAUCGAGUGGUUCCACUUCUCCUGCGUGGGGCUGAACCAUAAACCCAAGGGCAAGUGGUACUGCCCCAAAUGUCGAGGGGAGAACGAGAAGACCAUGGACAAGGCCCUGGAGAAGUCCAAAAAGGAGCGGGCCUACAACAGGUAGUGGCGGGCCUGGCUGGACCGAGGCGAGCAGGGCGAGCCGUGUAUUUAUGGCAUCGCCAUCUGGACGGGCGCAGGGACUGCACGUGUAGCCUUCUGAAGACUGUUGGAAGAGGAGCUGCUCCUCUCGUGGGAUGACCGGGGUUCUCUUUGCUUUUCCGUUGGUGCACAUGUGUAACGAGAGAGUGGUCUGUGGAUCAGCAUUUUAGAAACUGCAAAUAUAGGUUUGAAUUAAACACUCGAGUGGG